CUUGCUUUGCUCCUUGCCUGACAUUUUAUAUGUUAAUAUUUUUGCUGAUUCAAUAAUAAUUUUAAAGUAGAAAAUACAUCAAAACUACCCAAUUAUUUGUGUCCACCCACGAUGGCGGCAUUUGAAGAAUUCGGCGUUUUACCUGAAAUAUCAAAGGCAAUCGAUGAAUUAGAUUGGACUCUGCCAACUGACAUCCAAGCAGAAGGUAUCCCCUUAGUCCUAGGAGGCGGCGAUGUACUCAUGGCCGCCGAAACAGGCUCAGGAAAAACGGCAGCCUUCUGUUUGCCUAUAAUUCAAAUCGUCUGGGAAACGUUGAGGGACAUAGAGACUGGAAGAGCGACUUCUUCAUCUAGCAGUUCGGCUCCUGCAUGGACGGUAUCAACCCAAGACCGAGGGGCUGCUUUAGCAGUGGCUGCUGAUGGUUUACGUGUGCAGUCUCGUGAACAAAAGGAAUGGCAUGGAGCUAGAUGUACCAGGGGGGUGAAAUCAGGAAAAUGGGGUUUUGAGGUUACCGUGACCGAUGAAGGACUUUGCAGGGUUGGCUGGUCGACUUUGAGUGCAAAUUUGGAUUUGGGAACUGAUAAAUGUGGUUGGGGUUAUGGCGGUACAGGCAAAAAAUCCAACAGUCGCCAAUUUGACAACUACGGGGAGGCUUUUGGAAAAAGCGACGUAAUAACUUGUCUCUUGGACAUGGAUACUGGAAUGAUUCAAUAUUUAAAAAACGGAGUCGACUUGGGAGUGGCUUUUAAACGUAUCAACAAUAAGGAAGCUUUAUUUCCAGCUGUAGUAUUGAAGAAUGCUGAAAUGUCUUUCAAUUUUGGCCAACAACCGUUCAAACAUCCCCUGCCCUACCAUUACUUGCCCCUAAUGUCAGCCCCUGAAGAUAAAAUAGCAAUCAACACCAAUGGCACUGAAGUUGCAGCUACAAUAAAACUGGCGAAUAACGCACCACAGGCUCUCAUAAUAGAACCAUCAAGGGAGCUGGCUGAACAAACCAGCAACCAAAUAAAGUUAUUUAAUAAAUAUUUACAUAAUCCUGUUAUAAAGGAGUUGCUUGUUAUCGGUGGGAAUAGUCUCAAGGAUCAAAUUUCUAUCUUACAACAUGAAGGCGCAGAUAUAGUAGUUGGCACACCAGGUCGUCUAGAGGACCUCAUCCAAGGAGGCUAUUUGUCUCUUGCAAACUGUAGGUUUUUCGUUUUGGAUGAAGCUGAUGGACUGCUGAAACAAGGAUAUGGGGGAUUUAUUGAGAGAUUGCAUAAACAGAUGCCUAAAAUUACUGUUGAUGGCAAGAGACUUCAAAUGAUUGUUUGUAGUGCUACUUUGCAUGCUUUUGAGGUGAAAAAAAUGGCAGAAAAAUUGAUGCAUUUCCCUACUUGGAUAGACUUGAAAGGCGAGGACGCUGUUCCCGAAGCCGUGCACCACGUCGUUGUCAAAGUGGACCCGCAAAAGGAUCGUUCUUGGGCUGACGCACGUCGUCACAUCUUAACGGACGGUGUCCAUCGAUCGGACAAGGUGGGACUCGGUCAAAACACAGCAGAAUCUCUAAGUGAAGCAGUCAAAAUUUUAAAAGGCGAUUACGUUAUCAAAGCUAUCGACGAACACAACAUGGACAGAGCGAUUAUCUUUUGCCGCACUAAAUUGGACUGCGAUAAUCUCGAAAAAUUUAUGAAUUUUUGUGAUAGAAACCGGUAUUCGUGUGUAUGUCUGCAUGGAGACAGAAAACCACAAGAACGAAAAGCCAAUUUGGAAUUAUUCAAGAAAAACAAGGCGAAUUUCUUGAUUUGUACGGACGUAGCUGCUAGAGGCCUGGACAUUACUGGUCUACCAUUUAUGAUAAAUGUCACUUUGCCAGAUGAAAAGUCGAAUUACGUCCAUAGGAUUGGUAGAGUGGGGAGAGCGGAACGUAUGGGAUUGGCCAUCAGUUUUGUUAGUUGUGUGCCAGAAAAGGUUUGGUAUCAUGGGGAAUGGUGCAAGAGCAGGGGCAGAAAUUGCUCGAACUCCAAUUUGACUGAUGCUGGAGGAUGCUGUGUUUGGUAUGAUGAGCAACAGUACUUGGCUGAUAUUGAAGAGCACUUAAAUGUAACCAUCCAACAAGUGGACCCCGACAUGAAGGUUCCCCAAGACGAAUUUGACGGUAAAGUUAUCUACGGUCAAAAAAAGAAGCAACUUGGUAGUGGCUAUGAAAGCCAUACCGCGCAGAUGGCCCCAAUCGUUAGGAAUUUGGCCAUAUUGGAAAAAGAAGCCCAGAUUAUGUUUUUGAAGAGAUUUUUUCCUCAUUGCUUUGAUAAAAAAUAAUGUUUUUGCAGCAUUAUUACAAAAUACUAAUUAAUAAAUAAUGCUUUUUCUCAUUGUCAUGUUUUUUCUCGUGUUUUUUUUUUUUUUAGUCGAGACAUGAAAAAAUAAUGUACCCAAGUUGCCGCAAAAUUUAUAGGACACAUGUAACUGCAUGCAAGGUAUUAAUAAUAAUUAACAAAAAAAUAAACAAAUCAUACAAGUACAAAAUAUUUUAUUGAUGCAAGAAUUGCUACACAUUUACACAGGUCAACAGGUUGUUCUCUUACCCAAACAAUGAUGGUUAGCCAAAUCAUGUUUUGUCCUAAGAUUGCUGGAGUAUUGGUAUGAAAACACCAAUUAGAAUAAUUUAAAAGAGACAAAAUAUUACAAACAUAUUAAAAAUACAAAUUAUCACAAAAACGAUUAAUUGUUUUUUAGUCACGACCUAUUAAAAUUUCCUGUUCGACUGAAAGACUUUAAUUAGUUCAACAAUUUAUAAAAUAGUCAGCUGCAGCAACGAAAUCGAUGGUAAAAUAACGACAACAUUUUAAAAUUUCCAAACUAAUCUGCACGGAACCGUUUUUAAUCGAAUUUGUAUAAUGUCCAUCAAUUACACUGCACGGUUUGCGAUAACUAAUUACGCUUUCGUUAUUAAAAUUGAAUAAAGUUAAAAUAAAAUCAAACGCCUCCUCGAUUUCGCUCGGGAGUGAAAUUCUGCACAUUUUUACCUUUAUAUUGCCUGGUACUUGUUCAAUAGUUCCUUGAAAUAGGAUAUCUUUAUGAUUGUAAAGGUAGGAGCUUUGAAAAGUGCGUAAAAUUGAAGGAGCUUUUU